AUGCCGUCUCUACUAGAUGCUCUCCGGCAACACAGUGUUAUUGAUUGCGAUACACUAGACAGCGAAGUGGCCAAGAAUCUGGGGCCUUUUGUAGACUGCACUUCGAACCAGGCCAUUGCAUUCUUCGAACUUUCUAAAGUUUCUAAUGGAGAUCCUUCCCUACACCAUGAAGUAUUGAUCCGAGAGAGUGCGAGAGACGCCGAUAGACUGCAUGAGAUUCGAGGUCAAACGUCUUUACCCGAGUUCAUCGUCGAGAUUAUGAUGGUCAAGCUGCAGUUGUUGAUUGCUCCCUAUAUCACGGGAUACGUUCAUGUUCAAACGAAUCCCAAAUUGUCAUACUCACAGGCGGGAACGGUGGUCAACGCUCAAAGGAUUAUUGCCAUAUUCAGAGCAUUGGCACCCGAUUUUGAUACCAAGCGUAUCUGUAUCAAGAUACCUGCGACAUGGGAGGGUCUUUGCGCAUGUCGCACUUUGGAAGCCAACGGCGUAACCACGCUGGCGACAACGAUGUUUUGCAUGGAGCAAGCAGUUCUAGCCUCGGAUGCAAAUUGCACUUAUAUCGCGCCCUAUAUCAACGAACUGAAGGUGCACUUCGAAACAGGGUACAUUGACCACAAUAAAGCUUUCGCCUUCUGCCGUGAAGCUCAGGCUUACUACAAUGCACACAAUCUUCGCACCCGCGUUCUUGCUGCGUCUCUCACGUCUGUCGAUGAAGUGUUACAACUAGCAGGGGUGAAUCACAUCACAAUUUCUCCGAUACUUCUGCAUGCGUUAUCGCGUCUGGACGUUUCUAAAACGACAAAGAGACCGGGCCAGUAUUUUGCAGAUGAACCAGCCGCGAAGAGCUUGAAUGCCCUGAAAUAUGCCUCCAUUCUGCGAGAUGAGAGCGCUUGGAAACUUGCAUUCACAAGGAGCGGUUUUGGAACAAGUGAAGGAAAGAUCAUUCAAGCCAUCAAUUACUUUUCCGACUUCCAAGAGAAGCUGGAAGAGCUUGCUGGACGUUACGUAUCAUGA